AUGAACAAGGAGGAAAAUGGUGGAGUGAGUGGCGACGGCAAAGGCCGCAAGAUGAUAUGCAGAAUUUGGCAGCAAAAAAGUCCGCGAUCGUAUGCUGUCACUGGGGAUAAAUCAGAAAAACUGAAAAAGCCGACAAACAUCGCGCACGUGGAUUUUGCGCAUCGUGACGGUAAAGGUCUCAACGACCACGUUGUAAUGGAUUUUAGUGAUGUGUUCGCAGAACCAACAGGAAGCCACUCAUUCAACUGGACCUGGCUGGUCGCCAAUCGCGUUUUCCAAAUGACCAGUUCGGCAGCUUAUAAACUGUUGGCUGUUUUCGUUGCAAUACCAUUUGCAGCGUUCUUCGGCAUCUUAUUUGCAGUGUUUGCUGCGGCCAGCGUUUUCCUCUGCACACCACUUGGAGUACUGCUUGGCAUACCACUCAACGCUCUUUCCAAGGUUUCACUCAUUAUUUUAGAAAAAUCGGUGACAGUGUGGUAG